CUAGUGUAAAAUUGCAGAGAGAGGAAGCGAAGUCGGAGACGAAGAUUCUAUUCGCCUCUCUAAACUGCUCUGCUUAUACUCUCUCUCCUCUUCUUCUUCUUCGCCUUGUUCGUAGCAGUCUCGUUACCUCCGCCUUUCCUCCUCCCACCCGUCUUCCACUCCCCUCCAAUACUCUCCUUUUCCCGCGGCCCAGCUCCUCCCCGCGCCGCGCCGCGGCGACGAGGCAGGCAGAACCUAGGUUGAGAAGAUUUCGCCGGGUGCUUUGAUCGAUUGAUGAGCGGCGGGCCGCGGCGGCGCCGACAGCGAUGAGGGCGGAUCUCAGCACAAUCCAGCAGACGCUCACGCCGGAGGCGGCGGCGGCGCUGGCGCGGGCCAUGGACGAGGCGGGCCGGCGGAGGCACGGCCAGACCACGCCGCUCCACGUCGCCGCCGCGCUGCUCGCCGCGCCGGCCGGCUUGCUCCGCCAGGCCUGCGCGCGGGCCGCGGCUUCCGGUGGCGCCGGAGCCAACGCCGGUGGCCCCGCCGGCGCGCACCCGCUCCACUGCCGCGCGCUCGAGCUCUGCUUCUCCGUCGCGCUCGACAGGCUCCCUGCCUCGGCGGCGGCGGCGGGCGCGCAGGCGGGCGGGGCGGCCACGCCUCCGGUGUCCAACGCGCUCGUGGCGGCGCUCAAGCGCGCGCAGGCGCAGCAGCGGCGGGGCUGCCCCGAGGCGGCGCAGCAGCCGCUCCUCGCCGUCAAGGUCGAGCUCGAGCAGCUCGUGCUCUCCAUCCUCGACGACCCCUCCGUCAGCCGCGUCAUGCGCGAGGCGUCCUUCUCUCCGCCACCGUCAAGAACACCAUCGAGCAGUCCCUCACCUCGCCCUCCCCGUCCUCCUCCACCUCCGUGUCUACGCCCACCCAGUUCUCCCCUUCCCCUUCCCCGUCCCCUCUCCUGCGCCCCGGCGCCGGCGCCGCCAACGCCUACCUCAACCCUCGCCUGGCGGCCGCCGCUGCUGGAGCCGGCGGUGCGUGCGGCGGGGACGAUGCGCGCAAGGUGCUUGACGUCAUGCUCAAGCCGACGCGCCGCAACCCGGUGCUCGUGGGAGACGCCGGCCCGGACGCGGUGCUCAAGGAAGCAAUUCGGAGGAUCCCAACGGCCAGCUCCCCUGCCCUCGCUGCGGCCAAGGUCUUGCAGCUAGAGGCGGAACUCGCCCAGCUCGCCGGCGACAUGGCGGCGAUAGCGGAGAGGAUCGGGGAGCUAGGGGCCGUGAUCGAGAGGCUCGUCGGUGAGCAUGGCGGGGUGGUUCUUGACCUCGGGGACCUCAAGUGGCUGGUGGAAGGCCCCGCCGCGGCGUCGUCGGAGGGGGGCAAAGCGGCUGUGGCGGAGAUGGGGCGUCUGCUCAGGCGUUUCGGGCGCGGUGUUGUGUGGGCCGUCGCCACGGCGGCGUGCGCAACGUACCUCCGGUGCAAGAUCUACCACCCAGGGAUGGAGGAUGAAUGGGACCUCCAAGCCGUGCCCAUCGCCCGUGGCACACCGCUUGCUGGCGCUGCGCUCAGGCCUGGAGGCAGUGGAAUUCUCAGCAACUCGGUGGGGAUGUUAUCACCAAUGCUACGGCCUACGCCGGUGACACCAACAUCUCUCCGAUGGCCGCCAGGGGGUGACCAUACUCAGAUGUCAAAGCCAGUCAUGUGCAUGCUUUGUAAGGGUGGUUAUGAGCGUGAGCUCGCCAAGCUUGUGGCGGAUCGGGUGGACAAGCCAGCUUCCCGCCCUGAGACUGCCAACCCUAGUUUGCCACACUGGUUGCAGCGCAGCACUGAUCAGCAGUCCAAGGAGCAAGAGUUGAAAUGGAAGAGGAGCACAGAUGACCUAGAGAAGAAAUGGCGUGAGACCUGUGUUCGUAUCCAUUCAACCCGCGCUGGUGCGCCGGCACUCUCCAUGCCACUGGCCUCGUUUGGUCCACGCCCGCCUGUCGAGCCCAAAUUGGCCAUCGCAAGGAGUGCUGCAAUUCCCACUCUUAAGAUGAACACCAACAGGGAGAAGCCAACGGCCACCCCGACACUUGAGCUCCACAAGAGCCCACCGAGAAGCCCAGUGAAAACCGACCUUAUGCUUGGGCGCUUGGACCCUGGCACCAAUCCUAGUUUGGAGAAAGAGCAGAAGGAAAGUUACGAGGGGCUCACAGCCAUGCAAAGGGCUAAGAUAGCUGGAAUUUCUGAUAUUGAGUCCUUCAAGAGGCUCCUCAAGGGGCUGACAGAGAAGGUUAGCUGGCAGUCAGAUGCCGCUUCAGCCAUCGCUGCUGUUGUGAUACAAUGCAGAUCUGGUAGUGAGAAGCGGCGGAACCUUGGAACAAGGGGUGAUAUGUGGCUCCUGUUUGUUGGCCCUGAUCAGGCAGGUAAACGGAAGAUGGUGAAUGCAUUGUCUGAGCUGAUGGUAAACACAAGGCCAGUGGUUGUGAACUUUGGUGGUGACUCCCAGUUGGGCAGGGUUAGGAAUGAUGGACUGAACAUGGGUUUCUGGGGGAAAACUGCGCUCGAUCGGGUCACCGAAGCAGUUCGGCAGAACCCAUUCUCAGUAAUUGUUCUUGAGGGCAUUGAUCAUUUGGACAUAGUUGUUCGUGGUAAAAUCAAGCGGGCAAUGGAGACUGGUCGCCUGCCAGACUCCCGUGGCCGUGAGGUCAGCCUUGGCAAUGUCAUCUUUGUUCUCACUACCAAUUGGAUACCUGAUGAACUUAAAGGGCCAAAUGUUGAGACUUUGCUCCAAGCUGAAGGAAGGAUGUUGGAGAUAACAAGCUCUGGUUGGCAGCUAGAGCUUUCAGUUGUGGACAAGCAGGUGAAACACCGCGCAGAUUGGCUAUGUGAUGAUGUUCGCCCUGCAAAGGUAGCAAAAGAACUGUCGAGCGGCCAUGGUCUGUCGCUUGACCUUAAUUUGGCAGUUGGUCUGGUGGAUGACACCGAGGGUUCGCAUAACUCCAGCGAUGUCUCAGUGGAGCAAGACCAAGAUAAAGGACAGCUUGCUGUCAUGUGUUCAGCACCAGUCCCGGACCGCGAUCUAUUGGAACUCGUUGACGAUGCUAUCGUGUUUCGACCAGUUGAUUUUUGUCCAUUUAGGAAGACUAUUACAGAUUGCUUAUCAGCGAAAUUUGAGUCAGUCAUUGGGAGCAGCAACGCAUUCAGAAUCGAUGAAGAUGCCAUUGACCGUAUGGCUGGCAGCAUCUGGCUCAACGAUGAGAAGCUUGAGGACUGGGCUGGGAAAGUACUCAUGCCGAGCAUUGAGCGAUUGUGGCACAAUGUGAAGCGUGAUAAUGCGCGUGCUGUUGUCCGUCUCGCAUCAGUUGCGGACAAGGCAUCACCAAGGUGGGGAGGGGGCAGGGAAGGGCUACCGGCGUCGGUAACAAUCGCCAUAGAUGGCAUGUAGAGGAAAUUGGAGAAAGUAAAUUCUUUGUAAGAUAGAUAUGUAAAUAUUUGGGAGAACUCCCUUAUUGUUAUAAGCCUAGGAGAGGGAGGAAAGAUAUCCUUUGGUUGUCAGAUAGGCAUGAAGGUUAUAGAUCUUAUAACACCCAAAUGUGACUAUAGUUUUGACAAUAUUUAUAGCUAUGUUCCUUGAAACAAAAAAAGAGGAUAUUUUCCGUUGCCUGAUGUUGCAAGGAUUGACAGUGUAGAGAGAGUAAAUAAUGAUACCUGAUAUGUUGUCUUGGUCCUGAAACCAGAUCAGACCAAACUAGCUCUUGUAAUGGAUGAGGCAUGGAGCAUACAUCAAGCAAAUUUUAUUGUCUGUUUUAAUUUGUGUGAA